GUUGUUGGAUCCCUUUUGCAGCUUUUUAACACAAUUGCAAAAGCUGCUCUUUAAACCAAUUUCUUAUCCGAAAUGGCUAAAUUGUUUACAGCUUUAGUUUUGCUCGCUGUCGUCGCAGUGGCCAUGGCCAAUGCCCCACAUUCUUAUGGAUCUUACGGAGACAAGAAAGGAGGCUAUGAUGCUUCCCCUUACGGCUACGACAAAAAAGAUAGUUACGGUUAUGAUGCCUCCCCUUACGGAUACGACAAGAAAGGAAGCGGCUACCCGGCCGUCCGUUACGGCUACGACAAAAAAGUCUACGGCUACGAUGCUCCCGCUUACGGCUACAACAAGAAAGAUAGCUACGGUUAUGAUGCCUCCUCAUACGGUUACAACAAGAAAGAUAGCUACGGCUACGGUGAAUUCCCUGUCACCUAUUACAAAACAGGCGGCUAUGAGGCCCCAGCUUAUGGUUACGACAAAUACGAGAAACUGAAACCUUACGGAAGCUACCCGUCCAGCUAUUGAAAUGUUUUAACUAACACCUGUUUCAUGACACAAAUGCGUUCUACUCUCCGGCCAAAGGAAAGCGCCUUUUAUUUACCACAAAGUUUGAUAUGUGAACGUAAUGUUGCAUUGCAAAAACGCGUCAUUAUCUCCUGUAUCUAAUACAAUAUUUGUAAUAACA